CCUCGCUAUGUCUGUGCCAUCGCCAUCAUUGUACUUGACGGUCCACAGUCCUGCGCUCAUGGCGCCAUUCCCACCUACUGCAAGACUUCAUAGCCACAACCUCCACCCAAACAAACAAGCACCCGACCCUGCAAGUUUUAUUACAGCACAACAAGACCCUGCAGACGAGAGCGCCUGGGCCCUGACCCAUCCAUGCACUAUGCAGGAAUUGCGAAGUGCAGCACCAACCAGGGGUCCACAUGCAUCAACGUAUAACCAUGACGUCGAGACUAUUUUCGCUGAAAUCCGCUUUCAGGUGAGAGACAAGAACGCGCCCGCGUCCGCGCUUGCAUGCAUACACGACUCGCAUGUGAUAUCCCUGUGUGUUAGCAGCCGUCCUAGCCGCUAGGAAUCCUUAGUCUUUUGUUUUCUUCUUCGUUCUGGGUCGAUGGGGUCGAAGGCUUUUGUUCCUUUUGAUGAGGUUUGUUUGCUACGACUCGGACUAAGGAAAGAUAGCAACAUCGCGAAGAAGUCCUCCACAGCAAUGGGUGCAGAGAGCGAGAAACAGGAGCGCGGCCAGCCAUUCUACUAUUCCCAUGUGUGGAAGAAUGUGUCGCUUGUCGCGCUGAGCUUACUCUGUCUACCCGUGUCAGCGGGCCUCGUGCUGUGCUGUCUCAUCCUGCAGCGGAUCAAUGGGCGAGACAAAGUCCUGCAAGCAGAACAGAGAAGCACAGCUGUUACACAACGCAAGACAAUCCUUGUGACGGGGGUCUCGAUGACCAAAGGCCUUUCAAUCGCCCGAGUCCUUUCACAAAACACGCAACACCGUGUCAUUGGCGCAGAUAUCUCUGCCCUCUCUCCAGGCCGCUUCUCCAGCGCAAUCGCAAAAUAUUACCGAUUGGACACACCGAAUGGCGACGAUGCCGAGCCGUACAUCGACUCUAUCCUCUCGGUUAUCCGUAACGAGAAGGUGGACCUCUGGAUUAGCUGCUCGUCGGUGAUCGCAGCCGUCGAGGAUGGACAGGUUGUACGCCUCGCGCAGCAGCAGGCGCAAGCAGCCGGGCGCCGCUUCGAAGCCAUCCAGUUCAAUGAGCACGAAGUCGAGAAGUUCCACGAGAAAGACAAGUUCAUCGACUACAUCCAGUCGCUGGACCUGCUGAUCCCAGAAUCACACCGUGUCACCUCGCCCGAAGAAGCCCUCAGCAUCCUACUCCGCGACACCAGCGACAAACCCGCCGACGCAUCCAAGUCCUUCCUUAUGAAGCCUAUCGGCGUCGACGACCACGCCCGCAACGCUAUGAUGACCCGCCUUCCCCUCUCCACCCCCGCAAAGACAAGGCAAUACAUCCACGCCCUCAAUAUCACACCCCAAACCCCUUUCCAGCUGCAGCAACACAUCGCCGGCGACGAAUACUGCACGCACGCGCUUGUCGUCCGCGGCGCCGUGAAAGCCUUCUGCAGCUGCCCCUCGCGCGAGCUGCUAAUGCACUACACUGCACUUCCCACGCAGUGCCUGCUCAACCAAGCGAUGCUGAACUUCACGCGGCGCGUUGCUGCGGCCGGUGGCGCGGGCUUCACGGGGCAUCUGAGUUUUGACUUCCUGGUCCCGGACACAGGGGAUGGCGAGGUGGUGCUGUACCCGAUUGAGUGCAAUCCGCGCGCGCACACGGCGGUGGUGUUGUUCGAAAACACGCCGGAGAUGGCGGGCGCGUAUUUGUCGGCGCUGGAUCGCCGCAAGGACGGCGGCGCGGUGGAGGGCCCUGUGUUUCCGCGCGCGCCUGCGAGGAGCUAUUACUGGAUCGGCCACGAGGUGGUGUGCUGCUUGCUGCUGCCGCUGCUAGAUGCGGUCGUGGGUGCGGGGCCGUGGAGUGGGUUGCGUGAGGGCGUGGAGACGUUUUGGAAGCGUUUGGGUGGGUGGAGGGACGGGACGCUGACGGUGCAGGAUCCGUGGCCUUUCUUCGUGCUGUAUCAUGUGUAUUGGCCGGCGAGAUUUGUGGAGUGCUUGAUGAAGGGGAAGGCGUGGAGCAGGAUUAAUGUGAGUACGACCAAGAUGUUCGAGAUCUAGGGGUCUCUACCUUUUGAGAUAGGCUGGAUGGUGGAAUUUGGCCGAUUGACGGCCAUGUCUACCUGUAUUGCCGAUCGGGGAUGCUCUGCUCAGCGAGGCUCGAUGAUAGCAUAUAGAUCGCCACGAUAGAAGGGAGAUGCGGCCCGA